CCGUACUGUAUUUCCAAACAACGGGCAGAGACAGGAAAGCCACGUUGACGAAAUCACAAAAGUUGCACAGCGGAGGAGCACAGAUUACGUUCAGGAAAGGGAAGGACGCUGGAUUUAAAAAUCAUUCUGUUUUUACUUUAUUGCAAGCAUUGAUAUUAUAUAGCUAUGUCAUCACCUCCUCAAUCAAAAGUCGAUUUGAAAGGCGAAAUGAAAGGCGGACAUCUCCCUGCAGUGAAGGCAGGUGGGAUGAGGAUAGUCCAAAAACACCAGGUCACCGUCCCUGAACCAGAAAAGGACAAGGACAAGGAGAAAGAGAAGGAGGAGAACAACGAGGAAGAAGAGACUGAAAAAAGCGGACCAACCAAGCCGACGGUGAUCGUCUCAGGAGUCGUAACAAAGGGGGACCGCGACUUCACACCAGCGGCUGCGCAGGUAGCCCAUCAGAAGCCCACGCCCUGCGUGGAGAAGCUGCCCCAGGCCCACCACAUCAACCAGCACAUCCACCAGCCCCGCAAGUGAGCCACCAAUCCAACGCCAGCACUCAGGUUACCCAGGGAGACGUCGCCCACAUUCCACCAAUCCGCACCCAGGAGAGGCGGACCCUUGUCUGUCGCGCUGCUUUGUGCCAAGUAGAAGUGUGGUCACUCUCCACGUUAAUCGCCUUUUAAUUUCUCACUGUAAGAACCUUAAGGUCUUGUGCCAAACUAAGUAAGUGAACUGAUUCCAGUGUUUGACAUUUGAAUCAGUUUAUGAUUUUAUCUUCAAAUUACUUUUAGGAAUGAGUCAAAUUGUUUAAGAAAAAAAAAAAAAACCCACAGAAAAGUAAUAAAAUCAUGUUUAUUUCAUACUGGAAUUAUUCCCUGCAGAUCAAGAAGCAGUGGUUUGUCUUUUUUUCUUCUGGUUUUAAAAUAAAAUGUUAACAAUUAUGAAAAAAUAAAAGAAUAUGUGGAAAGA